UCUGCCUCUCUGUCCUCAGAAGCUUCUCUCUCCCGCGGUUGCUUCUUGCAUGGGUCUUCCUCGUGCUUUUCUCUAAUCCCUCUUGCCAACUCCGCGUUCCAGGACUCGCCUUUUUCUUUCCGAUUCGAUAAAAACCCUUCAACGCAAUGCUCGAUUCCUCCGAAAUGGCGGUCUUCUGGGUGCUCUGGCAGCCCAGAUCUUUGCAUUUCUAGGGUUUCAGCCCUAUUCUCUGCACUCCCUGUGAAAAAUUCCGCUUUUGGAACUCAGCAUCGACCGGAGAAGACUCGUUUUGACCGAUUUCCGCUUCAUUUCUUUGCUUCUUGGAUUUUGGAGAUUGGAGGGGUUUUGCGGUUUUCUCGGUCGUGUUCUGUGAGAGAAACCCCUGAUCAUUGAUCUUGAGGGUUUUAAGGUAUCUCAGAUCUGCCAUUGCUAGGGUUUUGUAGUGUGGGUGCUCUGGUUCGUCUUGCUUAUCUAUCGGGAGUUAAUAUAUUUGUGCUGCUUGAGGUUGGAAGAUUUGUAGUUAUGGAGAAGGAUAAAUCCCCAGUCCAUGGAGGUGUUGGUGGCGGUGGUGGUGGUUUACCACCUCCAUCGUCUCGGUAUACUGUGUUUGCCUCACCAUCCCGUAGCUUCCCUGUUAAAUGCGAGGCCUCAUCUUCUUCUUCUAUUGCUGGGGCCGCUCCCGAGUCUGGCCAUUUUAGUCGGGCAGCGGUGCCGGAUGCCGGGCAGUUCAGUCAUGAUAUAAGCGGAAUGCCAGAUUACCCACCAAGAAAUGUCGGUCACCGGAGGGCUCAAUCUGAGAUUUUGAGCCUCCCUGAUGAUAUUAGCUUUGACAGCGACCUUGGGGUUGUAGGGUCUGGUGAAGGCCCAUCGCUGUCUGAUGAGACUGAGGAAGACCCACUCUCUAUGUACCUCGACAUGGACAAGUUCACCUCGUUUUCUGAGACAUCUGGGUUGGAUUUGCCGGGGAUUGAGACUUCAGUGACUGCACCAGCGCCUGCACCUAGUUUUCCUUGUCACACUGAAAAUUCGGCCUCAGCUUCCAAAGAGAGGCCAAGGGUGAGGCACCAACAUAGCCAAUCUAUGGAUGGGUCUACAACGAUCAAGCCAGAGAUGCUGGCAUCGGGCUCAGAAGGUCCAUCUUUAGCGGAGACAAAGAAAGCCAUGUCAGCUGCAAAGCUUGCUGAUCUUACACUUGUUGAUCCAAAGCGAGCAAAAAGGAUCUGGGCGAAUAGGCAGUCAGCUGCUAGGUCAAAAGAAAGAAAGAUGCGUUACAUCUCAGAGCUUGAGCGAAAAGUGCAAACCCUGCAGACAGAAGCUACAACAUUAUCAGCUCAGUUGGCCAUGUUACAGAGAGACACUACUGGAUUGACUGCUGAAAAUAAUGAGUUGAAGCUGCGUCUUCAGACCAUGGAGCAGCAGGUUCACCUGCAAGAUGCAUUAAAUGAUGCUCUCAGAGAGGAGGUUCAGCGAUUGAAAAUUGCAACUGGGCAGGCAGUUCCUAGUGGUGGACAGAUGAUUAACUUUGGACCAUCUUUUGGAGCCACUCAGCAAUACUAUCAGCACAAUCCGGCAAUGCAGUCACUUUUGGCUGCCCAGCAACUUCAGCAACUCCAAAUCCAUUCGCAGCAUCUGCAACAAAUGCAUCUGCAACAGCACCAGCCUCAAGUCCAACAGCAACAGCAGCAGUCCCCGGCUGAGCUGAAAAUGAAAGGAGUGAUGACUUCUCAAAGAGAGAGCACUUCAGAUAACAGCACUUCGCAGGAAUGAUUGAUCAAAGGGAAUAUCCAGUAGUUUGGUUAGUUGGUGUUGAAUAUUCAGGUACCUAUUGCAAAUGCUUUUCUUGAAAGUACUUGGAUGAUGAAGAUCUUUUAACAAUCCACAUUCGCUUGCUUUUUCGUCAUGCUUCAGAUAGACAAUGCUAUCUUUAUGGGUAAUGCCUUACUGUUAAUAGCCCCACUUAAAUUCUUGCUGAAUUAGAUUCAAUAAAUGUGGUGAUUGCAUAA